CUCAAAACAGGAACGAAACGAAACAAAUGAAGUAAACGGUGGUAGCUACUUGAGUGAGUGCGAAUCGCUGCAAAUGCAAUCAAAGAUCAACCGUUUUUUUAAAUCUCCCGCCAUUGUUGCCGACAACAACGUCGGCAACGAUGAUCUGUCCAAUUGGGACUGGGAAAACAAAAAGCAACAUUCUAUUUUCAACACUUACGCCCGAACUGGUCGGAACCUUCACUCAAUUGCUUCACCUUCCACCGUAAUCCAAAAACCGAUCAUCGAGAAGAACAAGAAGAUAAGCUACGAUCAGUUGCAUUUGGAUUUCGUUCAAUCUGAUUUCCUCUUACGCCCGUGUUCUAUUUGCGGUGUUCGGUUCACUCCUGGAAAUGUAGAAGACGAGAAAUUGCACGCGCAGUUUCACAAACGUUUUACACAAGGAAUCCAAUUUAGGUGUUGGAAUAAUGAAAGGGUUAUUUCUUCUAACAAGAGUGGUCGGAUUGUUUUGAUUUUGGAUACUGAUCCAUCUUCUCAUAGAAACAAGGUUGAAGAAGUUGUGAAGAUGAUGGAAAUUGAGUUGGGAAGUGGAUGGAUAGCUCAUCAAGACUGUAAGGUCUAUUUAUUUGUUUCACUCCAGAGGAUUGUUGGGUGCGUGGUUGCAGAACCAAUCAAAGAAGCAUUCAGAGUUGUGUCUUGCUCAGAUACUGGGCAUUAUGAUAAUGCAAGGAAAAAGGAAAGGAAGGUGUGUCCAACCACCCUCCAGUUUGGGAAUAUUGUUUUUCAAAGGGAAGUUGAAAAAAGAUCCGUGAAUGCGAGUGAUUCUGAGGUGAGCGUUGGUAGGGCAAUAUUCUGUGAAAGCAAACCUGUUGCUGCUGUUUGUGGCAUUAGAGCCAUUUGGGUCACUGCCUCCAACAGAAGAAAGCACUUUGCUAGCCAAUUGCUGGAUGCUGUGAGGAAAAGUUUCUGCACGGGCUUGGAGCUCGAACGCACUCAGCUAGCAUUUUCUCUGCCAACCUCAGCUGGGAAGGCAUUAGCCUGUAGUUAUGUUGAUACUGGAUCGUUUUUGGUGUAUAAAUUAGUGUAAUUGGGGAAGAGAAACAAAUGUGGAAUCAGGGAGUCUCAUGUCAUUGUUGAAGCUGGAAAUCAAGUGUAGAUAGCACGUUCUUCUCUUUCUGUCGGGAAAUGCUUUGGCAAAACAUUUAGUACCUGUGGUGUAGUGGCGGGUGAGUAAGAGAUUUCAUAUGCACUUGAAAUUGUAUUUCUGUGCUUUUUGUAUAUUCAGUCAUGACAUUUAAGUGUUAAUUAUCGUUGAUGCUGAGCCACAAUCAAUGAGAAUGCUUGCUAUUUGAUUAUUCCCCUGUAGUAUUUCAUGCUGAGUCAGGUUUCAACAUUCAUUGGUCAUAUGUUAUCUGGGCAUUUCUGAAGGGUGCCAUAUAAGGUGAAAGCAAUUGAUUAUGUUUAUUGUUUACUUUUAUUUCAUGAAACAUUAUCCUCAAUGUGAAUCAAACUCGUUUUACUAGAAUAAGAAUUAUGAAUCAUACCCUUUUUCAGACUACCUUUACUAAUCAUGCUGAGAACAAAAGAUGCAUUAACUUGGUGUAUUUAACUACUCAGUUAAACCAUGUCUUCACUAUAAGCACAUUUGACAGGAAAUCCCAUACAUUUGCAACAAAAUAGUUUUCCCUCUAUCCAAUUUUAAUUUUCAAUAUUUAUAUGGUUUAUAAAAAGUUGACUACAUUAUGUGUAAGUGUAACAAAAAAAAGUCUAUGCUUUUUGUCAUGAGUUACUCUUGAGUGACCCCUGAUAUUCAAGAAACCGGUAACCCUUGAGUCAGAAGAAAAAGACGUUGGUAAACUUUCAAUCAUUUUUUUUAUAAGCGGUGAUCCUUUAACCUAUGCUCUUGUUUCUUAUAAUUUGAGCAUAAGGCAACCAAAAUUAAUAUACUUUCACCUAUCAUCCUAAAGAACACAAAAGGUUCUUUGUAAGUGGUAACCCUUUAAUUCAAGCUUUGGUUAUUCUUUUGAAUGAAUGAAGAGUUUCUUCAUUUUGUACAAGGAUAAAAAUGUUGCAAUUUCACUAAAGUGUGUAAGAAAUAUUGUUUGAGUAGACCAAUGCUUCUAAGAAUGGUCUCACCUUUUUUGCCUUUUCCUUGACAAGAUUGUUAUUAUAAGUAGUGCUGGAAUUGAGUCAGCUGUGUCAAAUUUAGUUUAGCUCAACUCAACAAUGAUUAGUUCACUGAAAACUCAACAUAUGAUCCCUGUUUUUGAGCUUGAACUUAA